AAAAAAAAACAUUAAUUAUUGAUAAGUGCCAAAUGAAAGCCUAACAGUGCCUAACUAUUACUUCUGUUAAUAGUGUUAACAGUUUCUAAAGUUUCAGUUUAUUUGUUAUAUUGUUUUCAAUCAGCGAAUUGAAUUACCAAAAUAUCACCAACAAGUUGAGACGCUGCCUCACAGACCAUACCAGAACAAGGAGAAUCCCAUUUUACCACAAUGGGUAAGGAUUACUACAUGGUUCUGGGCAUCAAGAGGAAUGCAUCCAGCGAAGACGUCAAGAAGGGAUACCGCCGGAUGGCUCUCCGCUACCAUCCGGACAAAAACGACCAUCCGCAGGCCGAGGAGCAAUUCAGGGAGGUAGUGGCCGCCUUCGAAGUGCUCUCCGACAAGGAAAAGCGCGAGAUAUACGACCAGUACGGCGAGGAGGGUCUCAAAUGUGAUGACGAGCCGGCGACCUUCGCCCAGCCCACGUCAGACAUGAUCCCCUUUAUGUGCGCCGUCGGAGGAACCGUGAUCUUUGCGUUCGCUGCUUACAAGACCUUCCAGUUCUUCAACCGGAAAAAAAAGGCUUCCGACAACGAUGGAUCGUCCUCGGAUUAAUCUAACGAUCCAAGGGCUUGGUGAAGCAAUCUCGGGGUUCUAGCGUCCUUCACUGAAUAUUCUUUAAGAUUAAUUUAUAGAAGCUUGUACAUUGACUGUUCAUCUAAUUUACUCUAUGUAUGAUAUUAGAGUACGGAUAUUGUUGUUUUUACUUAGUAAAAAAAAACUUGAAUAUGUAAUAUUUAGUUUUUAUGAUUUGAAAAACGUUGAUGUGCUUAAAAUUUGUAAAUCAGGUCCAUCAUAUCAAGCAGAGAAAACUAAAAGUAGCAGCUAUAUAAAAAGUUAUUGCUAUGCACAUUGGCGCUAUACUAUAUUAUGCACUAGAUAGACGGAAAUUUAAGUACAAUACAAUAAUGGACAGAUGACACAAUGUUUUCAUCGAUGUUUGUCCAGAGGUAAAGAAAAUUGCAUUACCGUUUCAAUAACAUACAACUCACUAAUGCAUAUCUAUUUCGAGUAAAUGAAUCAGCUUUAGUUUUAAGAAACAUCGCUUAUAUAGUUGUGAAAUAUCGUAUCGAUGAUACAUAUAUAAUUUUUAAAAAUGAUAAAAUAGGUUUUUUAGAUUUUGAAAGAUUUCAUAGAAAUCAAACUACUUGUUUCUCGAUAGUCGGCUUCUAAAAGUAUAUU